AUGAACGGUAGUCAUCUGCCGGCUGGGCAGCCUAUGCCAGGAGGUAUCCCCGGAGGAGCAGUUGUGGCGCGAGGGCAAGUUGAUAUGGGACCUGGUCCAGGACCUGGUGGUCGACGGCGGCCGCCGCAACAUCAGUAUUCAGCUCAUCAUCAAUAUCACCACCAGCAACAUGUCAAUCCCAUAUACCACCACAACGGGUAUAUGGCUCCCUAUCCUCAGACAUACUAUCCUCAGGUUUCGCAUCACUAUCAGAAUGGCGCCAUUGCCAACGCAUCGUACAUGCAAUACAACCAGUUUCCUCAACGAUCUCCUCCCAUAAUUCACCAGCAAUAUCCUCCUAUCGUGUCCUCGAGCAUGCAGCCUAUUCCUCAGCCUCCUUACUCUCGACCACCUCCACCACAGCAACCCUCGCCGGCUCUUUCAACCCCUCCUCCUUAUGCCGUAGCGGCGCCGCCUCCACCCGUCUCCGUACCCGAGACGCCCUCGUCAACACACUCGUCCCAAGUUCUUCCGGUCCCAUUGACUCCCCCUACGCCGCAAAACCAGGAAGCUGCCCCGGCCACCCCGGAUAUCGAGUUGCGGUCGACCCAGUCACCGUUCAGAGCUCCACUGCCCUGGUUGUCGCGACCUGAUAUACCCUUUCCUACCAAGUCAGCUCGAUCUAGGAGAAAAAGACGGAUACAGAACCCUGAUGCGGAGAAUGUCGAAUUACCUUCGAUCCAAGCAAAGGGAGUUGAGUCAGGAGCUGUGUCACAUGAGGAAGCUUUGGGAGGUGAUGCCUCACUACUUUCAACCCCUACACUCAAAUCUUCUACUGCUACUGUUCCGGCUAGCACGGACUCCGAGCUACCAGCACAGCCUGAAGCUGGGUCAACAAAAGAUGAGCCCUUGGAAACUCCACAGUCUACCUCGUCUGCCACUCCUCAGCUAGUCCAAGUAGCUCAGCCUGCUGCUGCUACAUCUGCCAAGCACGCCAAGACAGCCUCUCUCGCGGCUAUACCAGCCGUUCCCAUCGUCCCCGUAAAACCUAAAGCAGGUCCCAAAGAGACAAAUUCAUCUAGUGUUGAGACUAAACUAGUAGAGGAGAAACAGCCCACACAGCAAGUAGCAGCAGAGGGAAAGCCGGCUCAAGCUACAGAGACUUCUCCAGAAGCAUCUCAAGCAGAAGCAAAAGUAGAGCCCGCCCCUGUUGCCGCAAAAGCUGGCCCGAAGCUCUGGACGGGAUUAUUUUCACGUGCAGCAUCCGCCGCUUCUCCUUCAACUGGCGCUACUGGUGCUGCAUCAGCUGGUACUGGCGUUACAAUAAGUAGUAUCCCUGACAAUACUGCUUCAGGUAGUGGGGGUGUAGGUGUAGGUAGUUUUACAAAGUCAAACACUAGUUCUUUGGCUGAAGCUUUGCGAUCAUACCGCGUGGGUGGCAGUCAAAAGAUUUCGUUUCUGGAGCCUAGGGGUUUAAUCAAUCCCGGGAACAUGUGUUAUAUGAAUUCAGUUUUACAAGUUCUCAUUUUCUGCAUUCCAUUUUAUGACUUCUUGGACCAGAUCAGCAAGAAAGCGGCAUAUAGUUUUAAAAGCGAGACUCCCCUAAUUGAUGCCAUGAUUAUGUUCAUGCGCGAAUACAAAGUUAUUGAUUCUGCGGUGUCUGUCGAGCAGCUUCGGCGGAGGCUAAAGAACGAGGAACUCGAACAGUAUGGCGAACCUUUUACCCCUGAAUUUGUUUAUGAGGCUAUAAGGAAGCUUCCUAGAUUUGCUAGCAUGAGGCGUGGACAUCAGGAAGAUGCAGAAGAGUUCCUUGGUUUCCUUUUGGAAGCACUGCACGACGAGUGCACGCAAGUAAUGCGCAACCAACCAGACUUAUCUGCUACGACUACCGCUGCAAACUCAUCAGCUGCCACUCCUUCGGCAACGUCUCCUACAAGUACACCAGAUACUAGUGAUUGGUUAGAGGUAGGGCCGCGUCAACGCUCUGCUGUUACACGUUCUUCCGGCCACCCAAUUACCUCGUCUCCCAUCACUAAGUUGUUUGGUGGACAGCUAAGAUCAGAAUUAAGGGUACAAGGCCUAAAGGACUCCGUAACUCUAGAGCCCUUCCAACCUCUCCAACUAGAUAUUGGUUCCCCUCAGGUCAAUAACAUUGUUGAUGCAUUGAAAGCACUCACCAGACCCGAAAUUCUACAUGGUGAUUUUGGGUCACCAAGGGGAAAGGAUGCGACGGCCACCAAACAGGUUCUCAUCGAAUCCCUACCGCCAGUCCUCAUCCUUCACUUAAAGCGUUUCCAGUUCGAUACCGAAGGGACUGGAACCGUCAAGAUCUGGAAGAAGGUUGGAUACCCACUGGAGCUCGAACUUCCCAAAGAACUCUUUCCACGACAGAAGAGAAAUGCUCUUACCGUUGAAGGUACAGGCUUCCCUAAAUAUAAACUGAUCGCUGCUGUUUACCACCAUGGUAAGAAUGCAAGCGGUGGGCACUACACUGUUGAUCUCAGACGCCAAGAUGGUGUAGAAUGGAUCCGUAUGGAUGACACGGUUAUCCGACGAGUAAGAAGCGAAGAUGUGGCUGAAGGAGGCUCUGAGGACGAAAGUUUUAAAACUACGGCGCGGGUUGACAAGAAGGACACCGUCGUGAGCGGUUCCGGUAACAGAUUCGAAGGAAUUGGUGACGAUGAAGCUGGUGAUGAUGAAGGAUGGAAUAAAGUCAGCGCUCCAGUAAAUGGAGCAAAGAAAUGGAGCUCCGUUGUUAACGGGGCACCGAACACUGUACCGGCAAAAGGAAAGCAGACCAAGGACAACAUCAAGGACAACAAGGUUGCCUACCUGUUGUUCUACCAGAAAGUCUAAGAAGCUGUGUAGCUUUGGUUCGACAGACAACAUGAAGGCAGUCAGCCGCCGCUGCUACAAAGAUUUUAUAUUCGGAUGGGGGGUCGGUAUGCCUACCGGUGGCAAAUACCGUCUUAUACCACGGUUGCUAAGGUGUAUCACAAUUGUCCGAGUAUGGCAGGGGUAUUCAGGGACUGGGGAAAAGGGGGGCGUAGUGGUUUUCGAUUCGCAAGUCCUCGGUAUCUUACCGUGGAUACGACUGAAUGGGCCGCCGAUCCGGCAAAAGUAUUUGCAUAUGGGGGGACAACAUUUGGGGAGCUUAGGUAUGGUAUCUCUUGCGGUCAUCAUCAUACCCCUGAAUCUUCAUCCCGUCUACCAUUAGUUCCU